UAUUUUGUCAAUGAAAAAACUUCAAUGAAAGCAACGUAGUGUGAAAUUUUUCAGCUGGAAGGACAGGAAAAGUGAAGAUUUCUCCCAAAAUCACCUGUCCAGGAUGCCCGUAGUGUACCUCACGCGAAAGGAGAAGUUCUCAGCAUGUCAUCGCCUCCACAGCCCACAGCUAAGUGAUGAGGAAAAUGCAAAAAUUUACGGGAAAUGCAACAAUUUCCACGGGCACGGUCACAAUUACACCGUGGAGGUGACUGUGUGUGGUCCUGUGGACCCCAAAACAGGGAUGGUGAUGAAUAUCUGUGACCUAAAGGUGUACAUGGAUGUGGGGAUUAUGCAGAAGCUGGAUCACAAGAAUCUCGACAGAGACGUUGAUGCCUUCAAGGAAAUCCCCAGUACGACGGAAAAUCUGGCCGUGUUCAUCUGGAAUAGCCUCCAGGAGGUUCUGCCACAACCUGAACUCCUCCACGAGGUGCGCAUUGAGGAAACUGAUAAGAAUUCUGUGAUCUAUCGAGGGGAGAAGUGACAAUAAACUUACAUUCCAUUUGAUAAAAUUAAAUUUCUUUAUUUUUUGCAUUUUUAAGACAUUUUUUUUUAGACAGCUGUUCCCCUCUCGAGAUUUUUCUUAAUCUCCACUGUGUGCUCCCCGUAGAAUCUCUCCAGCUUCCUGUUGAAGCGAGCAUUCUUCUCAUUGAUGUAGUCAAUGUCAGCAUCAUCGUUGUGUGUCCUCCUCCGGGAGAAGUUCUUCUUCUUAUCAAGCUGCUUCUGGAGGUGUUCAACCAUGUUAUCAAUUGCCCCAGCUGAAUCCUUCGGACGGAGAUGUCUCAGUGGAUCCGUGUCCUCCUCUUCCUCACCACUCCUCUUCUUUGCUUCAUAAUUCUCCCUGAUGCACGGUGGAAGGAUGUUGAUGGAUCUCUCGUACUGCCUUGCCGUCUGUGCUUCGUAGCUGGAGAAACUCCCAUCACCUUUGCGCUUCUUCUUAAGGGCAAUCUCUGCUUCCCCCACGGAUACGCCCAGCAUCUUUACGCGUUCGUAGUCCUUACCCUCAGCUGCUGCACGAUCUUUUGCUGCUUCCUCCGCCACCAGCCACUCUGUCUUGCGCUUCCGUGCCUCCCAAUUUGCAGGAAGUUUCUUCAUAUUGUUCUCCACAAUCACUUCCUGUUGAUUCUGCACACGAGCUUGAUUCCUUGCAUCAUGGAGCUUCUUUAGGCGCUCCAUACGUUCUUUUAGCUUGUCAGCACAGUUUUCUUUUGUCUUUUCCAUGAUUUUCUCUGUUUUCUCUGCUAUUUUUUCAGUUUGUUUUUCUUUUAUUCUUCUUCUUCUU